GAUCUACGUUCUAGGUUUUAAAGGGACACGGCAGCCUGCUCGGUUCCCUCCGAUGGCAGGCGUCACUUGCAGAGGGGAGGGCGUUCGUCCAAAAGAUGAAAGGACCUGUGCCUUUAAGAGGGCCGUCUCCUCUUUCCCUCAUGCUCCCCCUCAACUAUACAGACACUCCUCCUGUGAGCAUUUGUGAGGCAGCUCCUGUCCCUUAUGUCUCUUUGUGAGAAAGAGAACAGGCUUCCCAGAGCAUCACUGAAGACAACACUGAACUCUAGGGACGGCACCCCGGUCGCAGACCCCCCUGCAGACCUGGCCUCGGCCGCAGCGGAUGCUAGAAGGAGCGUAAAGACAGGAGAUCCACACCAACUUGAGCUGGAGUAAAGAAGUCUGAGGAGGUGGAACUUAACAGCUGAUCAAUUCAAGAGGUCAGUUUUGGGCUGAAGGUGAGACGAUCAGUCAAGCAGAAAAAUGGACUGAGAAAAAGGUGGGGUCCUAAUUUCAGCUUUCAGUAUCUUUUUUUGUAGUUAGAAAAAAGUUUUUUCAAAGAGGCACUCUUUGCAGCUUUAAGAUAAAACUCCAAUCUGAAAUAAACAAAAGGAAGGAAAGAAGAUAAUUUAGUUUUUUUCUUUUUUUGGACUUUUUUUUAUCUCUCUCUAGAACACUUUGGUAUGAAAAUGAGAAGUUCUUUAAAGAAUCUUUUGGAAAGUCCCCACAGUGCUCUGAAUUCACCAGCCAGGCGUUUAUCUUAUUUCUCCAGCUUUUUCUAAAAGGGGACAUUAAAGACUUUGUUGAUAGUGCUUCCUGGGGAGUCAGUCAAAUUUCUUCUUGAAGUCUUGAAACUUUGCAGCUAUUGACUGGAGGAAACGGAAAGCGGCAAACGUAAAAGGAAAAAAAAAAUCCUGUUAUGUUGUAUUUAAUGUGGGAAGAGCGAGUUUCUGGAGUAACUCUGUGGUGAGGUUCGGGAGGACUGCAGAAAUGUUCACAGGGUGUGGAGUGGUCGGUGGCCAGAACCAGUGCCUGACCUUUAACAAUGUCAAGCCCCAACUAGUGCACGACGUAAACAGAUCAAUUGAGAAAGGAAUCAACCAUGGGAUGUUUCCCAUCAACCAAGCACAUACAAACGCUGUAAUGCAGCCAGCACUGGUCAACAAUGAUUUAAACCUGCUGAAACCUUCACCCCAACCAGUACUUCCUCCAGCUCCUAAACUGGGGCAAGAAGGAUUCAGGAAAGUUUGCCGCACCGAGGAGGACAGUCCAUCCCCGUUCCCCGGUUUGCCUCCUGGAGUGCUGGAGAUGCGAGUGAAGGAGGGGAGCAAGAUACGCAACUUAAUGGGAUUUGCUAUGGCAAGGAUGCAGGGGGAGAAAGGAGGGAGUGAGGGAGGUGUCAGCGGUGCUGGGCUUCGGCAGGUGGUCUUCACUGGAUCGGGUCGAGCCGUCACCAAGACCAUCACCUGCGCCGAGAUCAUGAAACGGAAGGUGGGACGCCUGCACCAGCUGACCAAGCUGCGGUACAAAGUGGUAAAAGAAGUGUGGGAAAGUGCUGAAGGGGGCACAUCCGAAAUGACACUGCACAGGACAGUACCUUCAAUCAGCAUCCUUCUUUCUAAAGACCCGCUGGAUCCCCAGGAACCAGGCUAUCAGCCUCCAGAAGCUGUCAGCGCUUUGUGGGAGGGCACGGGUGCUGAAGCUGCACAAACAACAUGUAAGAGACCUCUUGGACCUUUGCCAUACAGCAGUUUCUCUCACUGUAAGAGACUGUGUUUGGGGGAAGGCGUCUCGGUCCUGCCUCCUCACUGACUGGACAGGAUGGAAUCGCUAGAGUUCAUUCCUCUCCUGCACAACGCUGAGACAAUCAGAACAUUAACACAGUCAGAACAGAGCUUUCCAAGAAGAACUGAGUACCAAUUCAAGCCUCCAGGGGUCAGUUUAACUGGGUCUGAACUGCUUUCCUCUGUGUAUAUAAAGCAUUUACAGGACAUCUUUCAUGAUUUCUUUCAUGGACCAAACUGUGAUUGAUUCCACAAAAUAAUGUUUUAUUUUUCUCCAUGACAAGAACAAAAGAAAGCUUUGAAAGAAAAUGUGUUGCACAAGCUUUUUUUUAAUUGCAGUUAUUCUUAUUUUGAACUAUUCAUUUAACAACUUUAAAUAAAAAACUGCUUGAAUCCACUGAUGCAAAACCUUUUAAGUUUAUGUUUAUUAUUAAUAACUGGCACAUAAAAUAAAGAAAAAUCAAAUAAACCAUUUUCUUUUUCCAAUGGAAAUUUCUUUUGUAUUUAAUCUCUUCGACUCACACACCACUGGAUCUGCAGAGCUCUGAUGGAACAAAAAAGAAAAA